AUGGGAUCACUGUACCGGUCAGAGCAGAUGAGAUUCUGCCAAAUGAUUGUCCAGAAAGAUACCGCAUUUUCUUGUGUUGCUGAACUUGGCAAACAUCCUUAUGUUCAGUUCAAGGAUCUGAAUGCUAAUAUGAACCCGUUUCAAAGAAUGUAUCUUCGUGACAUCCAGCGAUUUGAAGAACUGGAACGGAAAUUAAGAUUUCUUGACGCCCAAAUACGUAAAGACGAUAUUGAAGUUAAUGAUGAUGCUGGAAAAGAUGACACAUACGAAGUAAUGGCACCACAUCAACUCAAUCAACUUGAGGGCACAUUGAUUGAUUUAGAACGUGAUGUAAUCAGCAUGAAUGAAAAUAAUAUAAUUCUGAAACGAAAUUAUUUGGAGCUGAAAGAAUGGGAAGCAAUUCUGGAAAAAACCGAUCACUUUUUUGAAGAAGGCAUUAGUGAUGUUGCAAUGCAUGAAAUUGAAGCAGUGCAAGAAGAUUUUGCACUUGUGCUCAGAAGCGGAAAAGAGCCGAUAGGAUUUUUGGCGGGUGUCAUUAAUCGUGAUCGUGUGAAUGCUUUCGAAAAGGUUUUGUGGCGAGCUUGUCAUAAAACGGCAUUUGUACGUACUACCGAUAUUGAAGAGGAAUUGGAAAAUCCAGAUAGUGGUGAGAUGUGCUCCAAGUCAGUCUUCUUGAUUUUCUACAAAGGUGAUCGUUUACGGGUUAUCAUCGAGAAAGUUUGUGAAGGAUUCAAAGCUAAACUCUACAACAGUUGUCCGAAGAACAGUAAGGAUCGUCAUGCAGCAGCGCUUGAUGUAAAAGCCCGCAUAUCGGAUAUGCGUACUGUCCUGAGCCAAACUCAAGAGCAUCGAUAUAAAGUGCUUCAGGCUGCUUCCAAUUCUGUCAGACAGUGGCAAAGAGAGGUUCGCAUGCAAAAAUCGGUUUACUACACAUUAAAUCUUUUUACAUUUGACGCUAUCGGUAAAUUUUUCGUCGCUGAAUGUUGGGUACCAUACGCUGACCUGGAAAAUGUCCGUUUGGCUCUUGAAGAAGGAGUGAGGAAAAGUGGUAGUAGUGUGAGACCUGCUCUGAAUCUUUUGGAGACCACCGAAGAACCACCGACCUAUAACCGAGUUAACAAAUUCACGAAAGUUUUUCAGACGAUCGUUGACUCUUAUGGUAUUGCCUCUUAUCUGGAAAUCAAUCCCGCUCCUUAUACCAUCAUAACAUUUCCAUUUAUUUUUUCCUGCAUGUUCGGUGACCUCGGACAUGGUAUUAUAAUGCUUCUUGCUGGUUUGUGGAUGGUACUGCGAGAGAAGAACCUUGCGGCACGCAAUAUUAAGGAUGAGAUUUUUAACAUGUUCUAUGGUGGUCGUUAUAUUAUUUUACUUAUGGGCAUUUUUUCAAUUCAUGCAGGCUUCCUCUACAACGACCUCUUUGCCAAAUCGUUUAAUCUAUUUGGUUCAAAAUGGCGUAAUCCGUUUCCUAAUGCGGAAAUUGAAUCUUGGGAUAGUCAAUCGGUUCUCACACAUAAAGAAAUACUGAUCGAUCUGCCGCCAUCACGAUCUUACAUGCAUGAUAGUGGACCUUACUGGUUUGGUGUAGAUCCUAUAUGGAAUUUGGCAGAGAAUCGAUUAAACUUUUCAAACUCAUUGAAAAUGAAAUUAUCCGUCAUACUUGGAAUUGCUCAGAUGACGUUCGGAGUAUUCUUAUCGCUGUUAAAUUAUAUAUAUUUUAAAUCAAAAAUUGAAAUAUACACGGUGUUUAUUCCACAGAUUUUGUUCAUGCUCUGUAUAUUUAUCUAUUUGUGUGCCCAAAUCGUUAUCAAAUGGUUAUUUUUCUGGACUCGAGAGGAAUACAUUUUUGGAUUGCUUUAUCCAGGGUCAAAUUGCGCUCCUUCAUUGCUGAUUGGUCUGAUCAAUAUGUUCAUGUUUAAAGAACGUCGGCUUGGUUUUCUCAAUGACACUAAAAUUGUUGCUCAAAAUGGUAGUCGUGUUACCUAUGAGAAGUUGCCAAACUGCUAUCUUAGCCAAUGGUAUCCUGGACAGGCAACAAUUCUGGUUAUAAUAGCUGUAAUUUGCAUACCAAUCAUGUUAUUCGGUAAACCAAUUCAUUUCCUGUUACAUCGUAAGAAAAGAAAUGCCGUUGGUGACAAUGCCGUAAUAUGGGUGAAUCAAGAAAGCGAAAAAGCUGAGAUAACUUUGAACGAAAAUGGAAGCGAUUUAAAUAAAAAAGAUUGGGAGGAAACGACAUCCGAUAAUGAAUGUGAAGAAGAAUCUUUUGCGGACGUUAUGGUUCAUCAAGCUAUUCACACAAUUGAGUAUGUCCUUGGCUGUGUGUCCCAUACAGCAUCAUACCUUCGAUUGUGGGCUUUAUCACUGGCACAUGCCCAAUUAUCGGAAGUACUAUGGGAAAUGGUACUCGUACAAGCUUUUGGUAUUUCUGGAAUUGCUGGUUACAUCGCUGCUUAUUUUAUAUUUUUUACAUUCGGUGUUCUAACCGUUUCAAUUUUGGUACUCAUGGAGGGACUUUCCGCCUUCCUACACGCACUUCGACUACAUUGGGUUGAGUUCCAGUCCAAAUUCUACCUCGGACUCGGUUAUCCCUUUGUGCCUUUCUACUUCAAAGAUGUGUUAUUAAAAGCAAAUGCUGGUGAAAAAUAA